AUGACCAUGAUUACAAAAUCAGGAAUGAAGACAACGAGGAAUUCGUCAGAGGACAGAGUCCAUGAUCGUUCAAAUGAUAACGGUGAUUUCGGAUUAAGCGGUUCAAGUUUUCAGUCACGAAUGAAAUACUCACAUGCAAGAAAACGUAAUAUUAAUACAUUAGGUUAUCAAACAUUUUACGGAAAACGUAGACGAGGCAGUAAAUCUCAUGUGCGCACUAUAUUCAGAAAGCGUUCUGGCUACGACUAUAAUGGUCGAAGGAAGAGGAGUUCCAUAUUCGAAAGUUAUGGUGAGGCAGAUAGUUUCGACAGGAAGAAAGUACGUGAUGUAUAUGACGUAACUGGACAAGCGAAUGAGAAUCGUGAGCGUAAUAAACUUGGUGGAUACAUCGAGAACCAGCAUCAUGUUGUUGUGUCUGGACAGAAAAAAGAUAAUCGACUGGGGAGUGAUGGACAAUCCUCUGAAAAAAGUCGCAGUACACAGAAGAGCAGUGGUAACGGCAUGUCUGAUGAUACGACAUGGAACGUCAGUGUAAGACAACGUCAGACAAAUUGA